AUGAAUGAUGGAACGAGACGGGCCUUAACAGGCUCCAUACACAAAAUUCGCGAAUUUGAAUUAGAAAAAGUGUGUCUAGUAGAAGAGUUUGACAUUUUACAAAUAGUCGGCGAAGGAUGGUUCGGGAAAAUACUUCUAGUGGAGCACAGGGCUUCGGAUACGGAGAUUGUUUUGAAGGCUUUACCGAAGCCGUAUGUCUCGAUACGAGACUUUUACAGAGAGUUCCAUUACAGCUUACAUCUAAGCGCACACAGAAACAUCGUCACAACUUUCGAUGUAGCCUUUGAAACCGCCGGGUUUUAUGUGUUUUGUCAGGAAUAUGCUCCACUAGGUGAUCUUACUUCGAACAUGCUCGACACCGGUAUUGGAGAAAUCCACACGAAGAGAGUGACAAAGCAACUUGCAGCUGCGCUGGAGCAUCUCCAUCAAAGGGAUUUAGUUCACCGCGAUGUCAAACUAGACAAUAUACUGAUAUUCAAAUCGGACUUUUCUAGAAUUAAGCUAUGUGAUUUCGGUGAGACGAGAAAAGUUAAUUCAGUUGUUAGAAGAAGGAAUGAAUGGCUACCGUACUCGCCGCCUGAAGUUUUGAGUCUGUCUGUGGAUAGCUCAUAUAAGGCAUUAAUUAGCCACGAUAUAUGGCAGUUCGGAAUUGUGAUUUUCAUUUGUUUGACGGGAUGCUUGCCGUGGCAAAAAGCUGCAUAUGACGAUCCCAGAUACUUAAGUUACUUCAACUGGUACAGCAGCGCAAAUCCGCUCAAAAGACAGCCAAAGUUAUGGAAAAUGGUAUCAUCAAGGGCGCAGAAGAUGUUCAAGAAAUACAUUGAACCAAGGACAGAUAGAAGGGCGGUUAAUUUUACUGAAUUGAUUAGGUAUUAUGACUAUCGAUGGAUGGCUAAAGGAUAUACGGAUAGAGUUGCUGGCGGAGAUAUAGAUGAACUCUGUCCGUCCAUGUACAGUUUUCGAAGUGACCCCAACGAAAAGAAUAUUCUGUUGAAACACUUCAGAGAUAACGGUAUAGAGACUACGGUUGACAGACAAGCGAAGAAGGAAAGAAUACGUGAAUGGAUUCAAAAUAGCGUUAUAGAAGAAGUGGACGAAGAGGAGGAGAGCACAUGCGAGCCCAGUGUUUACGAUGACAGUGACGCAGAACUAGAAGAAAGAUCUCGACCACACCCAAUCGACGAAAGUCACCGAGUUACGUUACGUUACGACACCGAAAAACAUAUAAACCCAAGAACCGGUGAAGUUAUAGAAGGUGUUAAAAGAGUUACAGAGAAGAAUCCCCUUUCCUAUGACGUCCAAAAUAUAGAACCAGUCGCACCAGUCAAUGUUGUUAGAAGAUAUGGAGUCAAGGAAGACCAUUCAUCACAUAACUCUACAAAAGACAGCGCUUAUGGAUCUUUAGAGGCCACCAGCCCAAAGGCGAAGGAAAAUAGGCAACCUGAUAGGCUCUCUACUAAUUCUCCAAGUCGGUCGUUAAGCGCUAUAUCUUUGCAGCAAAAUAAAAUACCGCUCUCUACACACGCUCAACGGUUUCAGAAGAGUGAAGAAGUUUUCUCGAAGGAGUUAGAAAAUAUGAAAGGGAGUACUUCGACGUUACACUCGUUGGCAAACUCGUCUAGAUCCAAUAGCAUACAAGUUACAAGAAAUGGAUCUCUAGAUAGCGCUACGAAGGAUACGAUGUCAGAGACUGAAGGCGGAAAGUCUGAUUCUAAAAGUCGUCCAAAACACAAUGGCAUCAAUGCGGAAGAAAAAAGAACUACGAAAGAUAGUCAGCCAUAUAUUUCCAUGAAAAAAUCAGUUUAUGACACCGUCAACAGUCGAAACGAUGUCAUAAAUAAAGUAGAUAGCCAAUCAAGUAAUUUUGUAUCAGAUAGUCCGUACACAUCCAUGUUAAAUAUCGUCCAGGGUCAAAUUAAAUUUGAUCCACAUGAAAAAGAUGGUAGCAAAAACGUUGUCAACGUUUCUGUUACUAAAAUAAAUCGAAAGAAACUGUGA